UAUGUCUACCUCAUGUGGCUAGACUACAUGGGGACGAUGCGGUGUCGGAUCCUGCAUGUACGGGACCUUCUUCAUCUCAUCAAAACCGGUAAACGAGUUGGAAUCGCCCAAGCAAUCAUCGGCGUUCUGCAAGAUGACACCAUCACCUCCGCUUGUUCCAGCGUGGGCCAGAUCUUCCUCCAUCCGGAGUUCACAUCCCUACGAGCGUGCCAUCCGAAAGAUCGUCUUCCGUCCGCCUCCGUCCUUUGCUCCUGGUACGAUGCACUCGGCGACCCUUUCGAUCGCUGCCCUCGAAGCAUGCUGGGAAAGAGCUUGAAUGAAAUGGAAGACAUUUACUCGAUUAUCGCAUGUCUUGGCUUCGAGGUGGAGGUAACCUUCCUUCGUCGGACAGGCGACGAGGAUAAUCCGUUCGAGCCGAUUACGAAAAACCACGCCUGGUGUGCCAUGAGCGGUGACCAGUGGAGCAACGCAAUGCCGCUUGUAGCGGAGAUUGUCUCUGCGCUCGAACUAUCUGCCCUCCCAGUCCUGGAAUUCCAUGCAGCGCCUGGUCCUGGAAAGUACGAUUUUGCCCUACGACCCAAACCCGCGCUCCAAGCGAUCGAUGCGCUCAUACAGACCCGACAAAUCAUCUAUCAAAUCGCCGAGUUGCAUGGGAUACGGGCGACGUUGCAUCCAGCGCCUGUUCCCGGGGCCGCUUCCGGCGCACAUGCUCAUAUUUCGUUAAACGGCGAGGAGAGUAGCAUGCAGAUGCUGGCGGAUAACUUCUUUGCGGGCGUGAUUGAGCAUCUGGAAUCGAUCUGCGCCUUUUCUAUGCCACAGGCUCCGAGCUACGACAGGGUCGCCGAAGACCGUUGGACCGGGGGAGUCUGGGUAGCAUGGGGUACACAGAAUCGCGAGUGUCCACUGCGCAAAGUGAAGAGCAACCACUGGGAAAUGCGAUGCGCGGAUGGAACGGCGAACAUGUACCUAGCAAUAGGUGCUGUGAUCGCGGCUGGCCUAGAAGGGAUUGAUCUUGAAAAGAGCCUAACUCAUAAAGAUUGUCAAGAAAAGCCGCAUAAGAUGACUGCGGAAGAGAGGUUGGAGCAUGGGAUGACCAAGAUGCUUCCCAAGUCUAUCGAGCAGUCGCUGCAAGCACUUGAAAAGGACGAGCAGCUGCAGGCCAGAAUGGGGCCUGCUAUGGUCAAGGAUUACAUCGUAAUGAAGAGACAAGAACAGGAAAAGCUGAAGAAUAUGCCGAAGAACGAAGCCCAUGUCUGGCUGGUUGAGAGAUACUGA